CAUGCACUCUAAGGCAUGCACUGUCUCAAUGAACAGUGAAUGAGAUGAACUCUGCUAUACAGAUACAUUUCAGUGAAUAAAAUUUAAAUAUUGGAACAUAUUCUAUGAUCAGUUAUUCGGGUGAAAAAAAUGCGUCUCUUCCCAGAUCCUGCUUGUGUUCAACCGUGGACACGACGUCCAUCCAACCUGUUUCAUCUCGUCAUUCAGCUAGUCUUGAUGAUGAUGUCCUUUGCCUGCAAUCAUGCUUUCAACAUCGAUGUUUCAUCUCCGCGCAUCUACCGAGGAACACCAGGAAGCUAUUUUGGCUAUGCCGUAGAACUACAUCGAGAGGGGGACGAAAACAUGGUAUUGGUGGGAGCACCUCGUGCCCAGACGGAACAACCAGGGGUCUAUAGGGGUGGGGAGGUCUACAGAUGUCCAGUCAAUAUCCACCAGGAACCACCAUUACCAUCGCCACUAUCACCACCACCACUAUCACCACCACCACCACCUCCAUCAUCAUCGUCAUCAUCAUCAACAUCGUCAUCAUUUAGGUCAUCAGAUUGGUUGCUAUCGACAAGACCAACAUCUUCUUCCUCGGAUUCACCCCUCUUCUCAGAGAUGGUCUCCUCAUCGACACCGCGUUCUCCGAUACCUACGACAUCACCCGAUACAACAACAUCUUCAUCAUCCCCAUCUCCCUGUGAUACAAUAGUCUUUGAUACGUCAGGAAACGAGUUUAUUGAAGGAGACCAGAUAACCAACAAGUCCGGUCAGAUGCUUGGUGCAACCAUAACAAGCUCUGGACCUGAUGGGACAGUGCUAGUUUGUCGGCCUUUAUACACAUGGUUUUACUAUGUAGACAGCAGCCCAAAUACAGGACGAUUCCUCAUUGGAGGUUGUUACCUUGCCAGUCAGAACUUCACUGACAUCAAACCUUUCAAUCCAUGUAAAUCAUUAGAACCUUCAAUGAUCAACUAUCUACCGUGUGAGGCAGGAUUCAGUGCCACCAUCUCUGAGACGGAAUGGAUAAUUGGAUCGGUUGGAGCUUUCUUUGGCCAGGGAGAUUUACUUGUUGGGAACCUAACAAGUAAUACUUACAGAAGGACAGAAGUUGUCGAUGAUCUUGCUUUUGACAACAAUUACAGAGGUCAUUCGGUUUCAUUCGGAGAUUUCUUUGGAGAUGGUGAAGUAGAGUAUGUGACGGGGAUACCACGUGGUACAGUCAAUCAUCGUGGAUUGGUUAGUAGAGUAUGUGACGGGGAUACCACGUGGUACAGUUAAUCAUCGUGGAUUGGUUAGUAGAGUAUGUGACGGGGAUACCACGUG